AUUGCUACUGAAACUGUGUGCUUUACUCCAAGGACCAGUCAGUGAGCUGUUAACUACCAGCAGUAACAGUGGGGUCUGUCAGGUGCCCGGGAGGUCACGGAGGGCGUGUAGCUGGAUGUAUGAGACAGAUUCAUGGGCGUGAAGGACCAUCUGGAGGAUGGGACAGGCCAUAUGCUCAGCCUGGGGCUGGACCUGGACUACCUCCAUGUGGAAGGUGCUGAGCGGCAGGUUGGCCUGAGCACUGUGACGGGUGCUGGGAAUUUAGAGGUCUUACAGGUCAAAGCUGGUGCCCCGAGUAACAGCAGUAACAGUAGCACAAGUUUUAGUACUAAUUCAAGCUAUAGCAGCAGUAGUAGUUGCAGUAACUUCUCUGACAGUGACGACGAACGGCUCCAGAAUGGGUCUAAUUCUGAAUCUCAAAACCCUCAGCAAGAUCAGCCUCACCUACACCACCAAGAGUCCUCUUCAGUCUUUCAGGCAGUCAGGCUGGACCUGGCACCAAACCGAUCCCCUGGAGACCCCCCGCAGCCAGAAACAUCAUCUCCCACUGACCCCGUCACAGACUACCGUGCCAAGGUGGAGUUUGCUCUCAAGCUAGGCUACUCCGAGGAGCUGGUGCUGCUGGUGCUAAGGAAACUGGGCCCGGACGCACUCAUCAAUGACAUUCUGGGGGAGCUGGUCAAACUGGGAACCAAGACAGAGAUGGAGCAACAAGGAGGUUUGACUGCCUCCCAGUCUCCCUCCUCCUCUUUGGCCUGCUCCUUCUCCUCCUCCAACAACUCCUCUCUGGAUUCCUGUCGGCUGCUGUGCCCGUCCCAGCUUCUGGAGGACAAAGACAACCUUCGGCCAGUUGUGGUGGAUGGAAGCAACGUAGCAAUGAGUCAUGGGAAUAAGGAAGUGUUCUCCUGCCAAGGCAUCCAGCUGGCCGUUGAUUGGUUUUUGGAGCGAGGUCACACGGACAUAACUGUUUUUGUCCCGGCUUGGAGAAAAGAGCAGUCGCGACCCGAUGCUCUUAUCACAGACCAAGACAUCCUACGGCGACUAGAGAAAGAGAAGAUCCUUGUCUUCACUCCAUCUCGCCGCGUGCAGGGACGCCGUGUGGUUUGCUACGAUGACCGCUUCAUUGUCAAACUGGCCUACGAGUCAGACGGGAUCAUUGUUUCCAACGACAACUACCGUGACCUAGCCAAUGAGAAGCCAGAGUGGAAGAAAUUCAUUGAUGAGCGUCUACUAAUGUACUCCUUUGUAAAUGACAAGUUCAUGCCACCAGAUGACCCACUGGGACGACAUGGACCCAGUCUGGAGAACUUUCUGAGGAAGAGGCCUAUUAUUCCUGAACACAGGAAGCAGCCAUGUCCUUAUGGGAAGAAAUGCACAUAUGGCCACAAGUGCAAGUUUUACCACCCUGAAAGGGGUAGCCAGCCCCAGCGUGCGGUGGCUGAUGAGCUCCGUGCUAGUGCCAAAAUUUCAUCAGUAGCUUCUAGAGGCCUGCUGGAAGAUGCCCUGAUAGUGAAGAGCCAAAGUUAUAGUCAAGCAGUAGGAAUGGCUGAGGCUGAGCCAUGUCGGGGCACUCCAAAGAAACAGCCAAACCCCAGCCCUCGGAGCUCCUUCACUGACCUCUUGGAGGACAGGCUUCAGAACCAGUCCAAAGUGGAAGGACGUAGGGGAAGCAACAGCAGCAGCAGUAGCUGUAGCAGCGGUCUUCUAGGGUAUCCUGCUCCAGGGGGGCCCUUUUCAUUAGGAAGCUAUGACCGAUGGGAGCACCCUGGGGGAAGUGGUGGAGGCAGCUCCAGGGUUUCUGGAGCCUCUGUACCAAGCCAGGCUGAAAGUUACCGCAGAUGUGAGUCUCCAGAGCUGGGCUACAGCUCACUAAUGAAGACCUACUCUAGCCUCAGUCUGGUAGUGCCACAGAGUCCUGAAUGCUUCUUCCCAGCUGAUCUGCGAGUUGGAUCGCAGCUGUCAGAUUGUAGCAGUGAAGGCAGCUCAGACUCUUUCUCCCCUGACCCUUUGUUAGAUGAUGGCCCCAAGUGCCACCAUCACCACCACCAUCCUCACCACCAUCAUCACUGCUCUGGCCAGUACGCCCAUCCUGUAAGCCGUGUUCCUCCUGGACUGGGCCAGCAUUCUCACGGCUAUCCUGUUCCUCAAGCACUGCGGAGACAACAUGGUUUUGGCUUGGAAGACCUUCCAUCUUCUGUUACCUCUCAUGUAUCUCCACGUCCCUUCAAGUCCCCUUCAGCCUACACGCCACCCCACCUUCAGCAUCCAUUGCUGAGCAGUUUCCCAGGGGAAUUCCCAGCUCGUCCUCCACAUCCACCCCAAACAUCCACUGCUCACUCCCAUGCUCAGAGCUCUCCUCUCGGCCGCAAUUUGAUGGGGUCCCUUUGGCAGGAAGGUGGGCUCCAGGACUCCCAAAUGUACAAAGAGUCGCCACUUCAUUCCCGAAGAAACCACUCUGUGCUAAACCAACAACCACAGCAUCAGAUUAACUGGGACCCCCAUUACCAGCAGUCCCCUAAGCCUUGUUAUGAACCGUAUGCCUUCCAGAGCUUUCCAGAAGUCCAUGAGAAGGCUUGGCAAUCUCCUUGGGGCAGGCAAGCCCAUUCCUCACCCCAUGGCCUUUCAGCAUCAAGUCUUCCACCCCUCCCACAGCUGUCACUUCCAUCCAUCCCUACCCACAAAAGCCACCUGCCCUCAGUGCCCCAGCACCAGGAGCCCCCUUCCUUGGGUCGAUAUCAGGACCUUAGAGAGAGGGUGUUUGUUAACUUGUGCCGCAUCUUCCCUCCAGAUUUGGUGAGGAUGGUGAUGACCAGGAAUUCUCAUAUGGUGGAUGCUCAGGAGCUUGCAGCUGCGAUUCUGAUGGAGAAAUCGCAGCAUGGUACUUGA